AAGGAGUGUGUGCAGAGGGCUAAUGGGUAAUGCCACAGUGGCCGAUUCAGACAAGGACUGACAGGCUCACCAGCGGUGUCCCAGAGCAGACAUCUUUCCAGCAAAGUAAAGCGGUUGGAGGCUAAUUCAUUAAACAGAUGCUGAGUCAAACCAGAGACGCAUUCCUUUGGGGUCAGGAGGUUCCUAAAUCACUCUCUGGAACAGCAGAAGAUCAUUUCCUGAGACCAACUUUACAUCAUGUUUGUCCCAAAAUCACCAGAUAAGACACCGUCCCAAAUCAGCCAUUUGGGAACCCAUGGCACCCAGCACUAUGGUUCAGUCCCAUCCUUCUCCCAGCACUCUGGAUGUGUACAACAUUGUAGCUCUCAUAGAAUAUCUUCAGUCAAUAACAGUUUGGAGGGCGAGUCUCUGGAGUACAGUGAGUCAGACCAUCUGCUCUCCAAUGAGCUCCGGAAUGGGCCCAGGUUCAGCAGAUCCAUCAGCGCCAAGGAUGCAAGAGGUUCAAGUGGACCCACAGAAUCAGUGUGUUCCAUGGUGCUGCAGAUUCUGGUGCCGUUUGUAUUGGCUGGGCUAGGGACGGUUUCUGCUGGGGUUCUGCUUGAUUUUGUGCAGGGCUGGGAUGUGUUCCAGGAGAUCACCGAGCUCUACAUUCUGGUUCCUGCUGUUUUAGGCAUGAAGGGGAACCUUGAAAUGACUCUGGCAUCAAGGCUGUCAACUGCUGUAAAUGCUGGAAAAAUUGAAUCAACCAGAGAAAAGUGGAUGCUGAUUGGUGGAAACCUUGCGCUUAAACAGCUCCAAGCCACAAUUUUGGGUCUGUUGGCUUCUCUUCUGGCGACUCUGUUGGGUUGGAUCGCAGAUAGACAGAUGCCCUUCAGCCACAUGACGAUCCUCUGCUCAACCAGUCUUUCUACCGCCUUUGUGGCAUCACUGCUACAAGGCAUCAUAGUGGUGGGAGUGAUCAUUGGCUCCAAGCGGAUGGGGAUCAAUCCUGAUAAUGUGGCCACACCCCUGGCUGCCAGUUUUGGCGAUCUCAUCACGCUUGUUUUGUUGGUGUGCUUCAGUUGGUGGUUCUACUCAUUUAUGGAGCUUUAUCCAUAUGUGUUGUACCUGGUGGAUCUUCUGUAUUUGUGUCUAAUACCUGUCUGGAUGGUGGUCGCUUCCAAACACCCAGCCAGUAACAUCCUGCUCCAUACAGGCUGGGAGCCAAUCAUUACAGCAAUGUUCAUCAGCAGUAUCGGAGGGCUUAUUCUGGAAAAGGCUGUGUCAGAUCCUAACUUGAUUGGAAUCAUAGUUUUUGCACCUGUUAUAAAUGGUGUGGGAGGAAACCUGGUUUCCAUACAGUCUAGCCGCAUUUCGACCCAUCUGCAUUUGAAUUACUCACCGGGAGAGGUUCCCGAGGGUCCCAAAAGCUGCUUCAACCCCUGUUACACUUUUUUUGGUUCAGGGGCAAACAACCGAUCUGCUCAGGUUCUGCUCCUUUUGGUUCUUCCUGGUCAGCUCGUCUUUCUACACAUUAUUUAUCUGAUGAAAGGAGGCCUCACUUUGCCCAGUGCUCUCUUCACUGUAUUCUUCAUAUCUGCUUCUUUCAUCCAGGUCUUCUUCCUGCUGAGCAUGGCUGAUUGCAUAGUUCGCUGUCUGUGGAGGAGGGGCAAAGACCCUGACAGUUAUUCAAUACCCUACCUCACAGCCGCUGGAGAUCUUCUGGGAACUGCUCUCCUCUCUCUUGCUUUCUUCUUGCUCUGGUAUAUUGGUGACCCAUGAAAUUAAUAAAUUCAACAUGAAAACGAACAAAGUGGAGGAAAAGACAAAGGACAGCAACAUCAUAGUACAUAGCAUUGGUUCUCAUCAAAGCAACGGUUCCCAAAAACAGUUUUGAAAAGUUUGAAAUCAACAAUGACAUUAGUCACUUAUUAGCAAUUUACUAAGCUUUAUUUGGCCUGGCAGGUCUUCAAGGUCCUGUUUGUAUAAGGCAGACCAAAGGCCAGGUCCAAACGUUCGUGUGGCCGGGCCUUCUCAGUGGCAGCACUCCGAUUCAGGACACAGCUCCCUCUGGAUCUACCCUCCACCACUGAUCUAAGUCUUUUUUUGCAUCGAAUCUCAAAUCUCAUUCAUUCAGGUUGGCUUUAAAUAGAAAGUAGCUCCCUGAAAUUCUAUUCCUGAGUUUAUAUUUCCUGUCCUUAUGGGUCUAUGCUUUGCUUUGUUUAUCGCUGUAUGUUUUUUUUUUAAUUGUUUUUACCUACCUGUAAAGCACUUUGGUCGCUUUUAUUGCCUUUGUGAAGGACUAUAUAAAUAAAUUAUUAUUGAUUGAUCAAUUGAUUGUUCACACUGGCUGACAAUGCACAUAAAUACACAUAGCACACAGACACAACAAGACAUGAUCUUUCCAUUUUUUUAAAAAAACUGUUGAUUUUACUGGCCAACAACAAAACUCCUUGAGGGGCUUAAUAUGUAAUAUAUGCUGCAAAUAUCUAAUGAGCUUUCCAGUCCGCCUCUUCCGUCUGGUCCCUGGUAUUCUUCAGGAGGGAGCUCUGUCAUGAGAAGGUUAUACCCAAAAUCGUUUCUAGGAUGUAAAUUACCUCAAAGAGGAAAUAUGGAGCUUAUCUCUCCCAGGCGCAGCACGUGGAGCUGCUUUCAGUACAAACACAACCUACCUAUCUCCUAUUUAGAUUGAAUGUAGGGAGCAAAUUCGUGUCAGUGCACCUUGUAUGUAACUUUCAGGGCACUACAAUCAUCUCCUCAUCCAUAUUUUGAAGUAGAGGUCGUCUUUUAUAUUAGUUUUUGUUUGCUUAAAGGCAUACUAUGCAACAUUUUUUAGUUAAUUAAUGUGUUCCAUACCGUUUUGGAUGAUUAAAUGAGUC